AAAAAAAACCACAAACCACCCUGACAUUCCCUGUAAACACGAUGUGAAAACUGAAAUUUGUGUUGACACCGCAAAACUCUGAAAUUUACCCACGAAACCGGCACGAAACUGUAAAUAAAUACGCAAUAAUGACAAACUUCCAGUCCCCUAUUCCCGUGUCCGAGAUAGAGUCGGUGCUGGCGUGGGUGGACUCCUUCAAGCUGUCCCGGACCACCAGGAAGAUCAAUAGGGACUUCUCUGAUGCUGUCCUGCUAGCAGAGAUGCUGAGCGUCCACUAUCCGAAGCUCAUCGACAUGCACAACUACCCGGCCCGGAAUAGCCACGCGCUCAAACUUAACAACUGGAUGACUCUCAAUAGAAAGGUGCUCAAAAAGCUGAAACUAAACCUGUGCUACGCCACCAUGGAACAGCUAGCCAACGCCACACCCAACAUUAUUGAGCGAGUCCUUAUUAUGGUCCGUGAGAAGAUCCUCCGUGAUGAGGAAGCGAGCCGGGCCAAGGAGGAGCAGAACCUGUCGAGUGGAGGCAGCUACCACGAGGCUCUGGGGGAUGACCCGAACGUGCUCCUCGUGCCAGUGAAGAACCGUGUGAACGGAGUCCUGGAGACGGUGCAGCUGAAGGUGAUCGGCUACAACCAGUAUCUGGCGGUGGCGCGAGAGCUGGCAGAGGCCAGGGAGGGUGCUGACCUGCUGAAACAGAAGGUUGAACAGUUAGACACAUUAUUGAAAGUAAAAGACGAGAGAAUAGAAGAAUUGCAAAAGCAACUUGAAAGAAAAACAGCAAGACGCAAAGAAAUAGAAGCUUUAACAAAUAAAAAGUUAGAUGAUGUUGAACAUUCAGAAAAGUCCAGCUUUUCAAUACCAGAAGUAGAAAAAUCAUCGAAAUCUAAAAUAUCUUUGACUAAUGAGGGUAGAAUAAUGAAUGAAACACCUUUGUUGAAGAAAGUGUCUUCUAUUGCUAAACCGACUAAUGUAGCUGAAAGGACAUCGAAACAAUCAGUAACCAAACUUCCAGAAUGUACAUCAAGAAAGAGUAUUAGUCCUAUCAUAGAACCGAAAGCAUCUAUAAAGAAUAUCGAUAAUACCACUAAAAAUAUUAGUCCCAUAGAAGCAGAAUAUAUACCGACUGUUGCUGACAUCAAAAAGAGUUUUACAAAAGCACCAGUUGAUGUCAAGUUAAGUAUGACAAAACCAAUAGCUGAAGCUAGGGUUAGUGUAACAAAACCAUCUGUAGAGAUGAAGCCCAGCGCUACGGCCCCUGUAGUUGACAUAAAGAAAAGUAAAACAGAAUCGCAUUUAGAAGUUAAAAUUGACAAUCAGAUCCUUAAUGAUCCACCAACUGUCCCAGCACCGAGUGGAAUGAUUUCAAAUACGCCCGCUUCAACACUAAUUUACGUCAACGAUCUUACAAAUAAAUCCGAGAGGAUGUUUCCUUUCCUUCCAAAGGGUAGUUACGAGAUUACAAAACCAGCUGCGGUGCCUGCCAAUAUCCCAGAAGUUAAAGAAAGUAUACAACCAGAGGUGGACAGAGUCAAAUCUGAUGUGUUUGAGGAGGCCGACCAAGACCAUCAUUCAAUAGAUGAAGAAAAUUAUGAAGACAGUGAGAACGAUUUCGAUAACGUGGUCACCGUUGAACAGACUAUAAGAAAAGAAAUCAAUGAUAUUUCAAAUAACAUGGGGCAGUUACAAGAAAGCAAAAGUAAGGCUGAAGUUUUGGUUGUUGCUAACCCACCAGAGUGAGAAAGCCUCCAAUUAAAUAAGAACGGAAUAGAUUGGACUACGAAGCUAGUCAAAGCCGACGACUUAGAUAGAUUUUGAAGAUACUUUAUAGUGUUUACAUGUAGGAUUAAAAGUCUUAUUAGUUUUUAAAAACAUUUACUUAUAAUUUGGAAAUAUACAAAAGGGAAUGA